AUGAUGGACUUCAAAAUAGUUAUUGUUUUAUUGACUUUAGUUGGCGCUGGAUAUGCGAGUCGAACUUAUAAUAGCUUCAAUCCUUGUAAGAUCAAGUUUUGGUGUGGUAUAGGAAGCUGUGAGCCGUCGGAGGAUUUCAAGUAAGUUUUAAUUAAUGUAAAUUUGAUCAAGCAAGUUAACUUUUCUUUUGCAUAAAGUAUUGUAUACUACAUCUUGAGAUGCAUCUCUACUUUAUAUAAUAAGCAGAUGAAAAAUUUCUGUUGCUUUUUGCUAUAAAAACCAAUAUAAGUUAGCGACAAAACUUUUUACUUCACCAUGAUAAUACCAUUAGUAAUAUUUAUAUCUAAAAACAUAUAACUUAUAUUGCGCCACCACGGGAAACUAAAAAACCGUAUAACCAUUUCAACUAGAACUUUCAGAAACUUCACAUGGUACUGUCAACAUGGCUUUAACGGUCGAUUCUGCGAAAUAAAGAAAGCUCCAUCUUGCUCCGAACGUCAAGUGCCAUGCCAAAAAAAUGGUAAAUGCCAUGAUAUCCUAAACGGUAUUGUGUGUGAAUGUCCGAAAGGAACGUACGGCAGACGAUGCGAGAUUCUGGAUGAGAAAGCGUUACCAAACUGGGGAAUUCUAACUCUAGAAGACCCCAUUAGCCAUAUAACUAACGUGUCAAAAGAGUACAAACUGAUUGGCACAGUAACAGUAAAUAAAGUUGGCACAUUGAAAGCUUUUAAAGAACGUCUUGGAGGAUUGAUUAAUGAGAGCACACUGAGGUGCAGUUAA